AUGUCCUCCUGCGUCACUAUUCUUCGAACAUCUCUCAUCUUCCAACCGGUGCUUUUUGUUUCACCCGAGCGGUUUUUGAAUAAGGAGUUUCUGUCUGCUAUCUCUGCUGGGUCAGCUGUCUCACUCGUUGUUAUUGACGAAGCACAUUGUAUAUCUGAAUGGUCUCACAAUUUCCGACCUUCAUUCAUGAGACUUAGAGCAUCACUACUUCAUAGAAGUCUUAAUGUAGGUUCUGUUCUCGCAAUGACAGCAACUGCUACAACCACAACCUUAGAUGCCAUCAUGUCUGCCCUAGAUAUUCCUUUUACAAAUCUUAUUCAGAAUGCACACUUAAGGGACAAUUUGCGUUUGUCGGCGUCUUUGAUAAAAAAUAGGCAAGUCAGAUGCUUCUAUUUUACCGCUUCUGACUGUACUCCCUUUAACUUUCCUUCUCUGAUUUUGUUAAACGUAUGCAUCAAUGAUAGAAUGAAAGACCUACUGGUUCUGAUAAAGUCUCCUCCUUUUGCGGAUGUUAAAGGCAUCAUAGUAUACUGCAAAUUUCAGUCUGAAACUGAUCAAAUUAGCAGAUACUUGAAUGAUAACAAUAUCUCGGCAAAGAGUUAUCAUAGUGGUAUUUUUGCAAAGGAACGUGGCAACGUACAGGAGUUGUUUGCUUCAAACAAGAUCAGAGUGGUUGUUGCAACUGUGGCAUUUGGUAUGGGACUAGAUAAAAGAGAUGUUGGAGCAGUAAUUCAUUACAGUUUACCUGGAAGUCUGGAAGAGUAUGUACAGACGGCUGUAGAUCAUCUGAGUCAGUACUCGUCGAACGGCGGGUCUCAACUUUAUGUUCCACCAGGAAGAUGGUUGACUGGUAGUUUCAAUCUCACCAGUCAUUUCACUUUGUUCCUACACAAAGAUGCAGUCAUUCUUGCCUCUCAGGACGAAAGUGAGUGGCCGGUGAUUGAGCCCUUACCGUCUUAUGGUCGAGGGAGGGACACUCAAGGCGGACGAUAUAGCAGUCUAAUUUUUGGAACCAACCUCACUGAUAUAGUCAUAACAGGGGACAAUGGAACAUUAGAUGGACAAGGUGAAGUGUGGUGGCAAAAGUUCCAUAAGGGGGAGCUUAGUUAUACCAGGCCUUACCUGAUUGAAAUCAUGCACUCAGAUGAUAUUCAGAUAUCGAAUCUGACUUUGGUUAAUUCUCCAUCCUGGAAUGUUCAUCCUGUUUAUAGCAGCAACAUUGUUGUUCGAGGCAUCACAAUUCUCGCUCCUGUGAAUUCGCCAAAUACAGAUGGGAUCAACCCUGACUCUUGCACGAACACGCGGAUUGAGGACUGUUAUAUAGUGUCCGGGGAUGACUGUGUGGCUGUGAAAAGUGGUUGGGAUGAGUAUGGUAUAGCUUAUGGAAUGCCAACUAAGCAGCUGGUGGUUAAAAGACUCACUUGCAUUUCUCCAACCAGUGUUGUGAUUGCUUUAGAAGAUUAG